AUGAAGGUUGCCGUCAUUGGAGGGGGCCCUUCAGGACUCGUGACUCUCAAGUAUCUCGCCCAGGCACACGAGUUUCUUGGCUGCGAGGCCGUCGAGGCCCGUCUCUUUGAGUAUCAGCCCCAGGUCGGGGGGACGUUUUCCGCCAGAGUGUACGAAGAUGCCGAGCUCGUGUCUUCGAGGCAGCUGACUACCUUUUCUGAUUUUCGGCGCCCAGACGGGCCCGACUUCCUCAGUGCCACCGACUAUGUCGACUACUUGGAGGGCUAUUGCACACAUUUCGACCUGUGGCCACGUAUACAUCUCGAUACUCGCGUCCUGGCUGUCAAGCGUCGCUGCAAGGGCCACACCGUCGUGUAUGAGACGAAAAGGGGCCACCGUCUAGAGUGGGAUUGUGACGCCGUCGCCGUCUGCUCGGGCUUACACGUCGAGCCUAAUGUGCCCGACAUCAAGGGGCUCCGGAACGUGCCCCGAGUUAUACACUCGUCGGAAUUCAAAGCUCGAAAGCAGUUUAGCUCCAGCAGGACCGUCAUGGUUGUCGGCUCUGGCGAGACGGGAGCUGAUAUUGCUUAUCUCGCUGUGACUACCCCGAGCGUCGAGAGGGUCAUCUUGUGUCACAGGGAUGGUUUUCACUUUGCCCCAAAGAGAAACCCUGGACCAGUCAUAUUGCCGUGUCUUCGCACGCCAAACCCCAAUGAACCAGGUAUUCCCAUUGAUAUCAGUCGGGCAAACAUGUUUGACACUACAUACGUCCACAAAAUGCUUCGACGAAACGACAUGCUGCUUUGGGAGUAUUACCACAUCUAUAUCAAGACCCUCCUUUUCAUAUCCUCGGGUACUACACUAGGCAUGGACCAAUGGAUCGGUGGUGUUGGCCGCGAGAGAGACCACCCAUCAAGGAUCUUCUUCAACAAAUCCAUGAAGGUGUGCCCUUAUAUAAGCGAGCCAUACAGACCCAAAGUCCCCGGACCUACGCUGUGGCUGUACUCCCUGCGUUCGUUCUUUGUGCAAACACCAAUCCCCGACACCCACGGCAGAUGCGUGGAUCUCGCGCCGUUCCCCCUGCGCUUCGACAGCAAUGGAACCGUCGACUUCAUCAACAACGGACGUCCCGAGUAUGACCGUAUGAGAGGACAGCGAAUCCGACCAGACAUGGUAGUCAUGUGUACGGGAUACAAGCAGAGCUUCCCAUUUCUCAACAAGUCCAACAACGCCAACGACAUCCCAUAUCCGACCCCUGACUGUGCUGAUGUCCGUCAAAUCUGGAAGCGAGACGACCCAACCGUCGGAUUCAUAGGUUUCGUACGCCCUUCGCUCGGUGCCAUUCCGCCACUCGCAGAGAUGCAAACUCAGCUCUGGGUCACAAAUCUCUUGUCCCCUCGAUAUAUUCCGCGGACCCUGCUUCCCGAGGACGAGCAUCACUACAAACUUCGAUCCCUCCCCGGGGCCAGGAUCAAAUACGGCGUCGACCACGAAAGCUAUGCGUACCAGCUGGCGCUCGAUCUGGACUCGGCACCGGGAAUCCUCGACAUCAUCAGGUUAUUCUCGUGGCGGCGGGCCAUGGCGUCGUGGAAACUGCUGGUUAUUUGGAUUUUGGGCGCCCAUCUUAAUACCAAGUUCCGCCUCAAAGGACCGUGGAAGUGGCAUGGCGCUUUCGAAUUGCUCACGUCCGACGAAUUCUGGCAGACAAUCACACGCCGGCCGAUUAUCUUUGGUACGUCCCGAAUAUGCUUCUCAUGA